AUGGACGCUGGAACUUUUGAGACACUUCUCGCUAAGGCUUACAUCCUGCCCGAUCAUCCUCAGCGGGGGAUAAUCAGCUUGUUGUUCUUUCUGCCUGUUAGCACCCUCGAUCAAUUCCCUGCCACGGCUUCGUCUGAAGAGCAGAACUACACCGAUAACAUACCAGAGAAAAGAUCUCAACAGGACAGCUCAGGAUUUCAGCACUCGAUGACUUCGAACUGGGAGGAAAGUCCCUUGGAGAUGCAGUAUUCGAUUCAUCAUGUUCCGCUCAUGCUGCAUGGAUCGGCUUCUCUUGCUCAACUGGGCCCAGUCUCUCCUACCGAUGUUUACGACGAAACCGCGAGGGAGUACUGGAGUGUCGCCAACAGUAACCCUUACAUCGACUCUAUGAAUGUCGAUGAGCUACUCGCUAUCCCAUACGGCGAGUCAUCCCCAUGCCUCGAAGAAAAGGGCCAGCAGUCGGAUCUGGAAAAUUCCCCGCAGAUACGGAAUAUGAUCCGAUCUAUCAGUCCUGAUUCAAUGGAAGCAUCUUUCCCUCCUCAUGAUGAGACCCUCCAGGCUUUGGUCCCAGAGGGCCUGAACCUGUCCUUCAAAACUAGACAUAAAUUUCGACCACAUCUGACCAUCCCGGAGAAUUUGAUACGACCAUUGAGUCGGACAGCUUCGGUGUAUGAAGUGAAGUCUCCUUUUUCCAUCACCGCUAGAGUGGUCAAAUCACCCGAUCAAUCUCCAUUGCAAUCCCCGAACCAGUCCCCUCAAAGGUCUCCAACUCGAUCUCCAUCCCGUUCACUAGCUACCAUCGAGGAAGAGUUCGGCACAGACAUCGGUCCAGGUCUGAAAAGAAAAUUCGCGGCCCACGGCGGGCGUGUUCACAAGAAGCUUUUCGGGGACAACGGUUGGCUCGAUGAUCACAAGCCAGCGCCGACCCUCCGGCGAAGGCCAAGUGUGAUGCGAGAGCUUGGAAGAAAACUUAAGGGACUGAAAGGAGAUUACCCCAAGAGUUCCAGCCCGACAAGCGGUCCCGGUUCGCCGGUGGGCUCACCCAGCCCCCUUACACCAGUCUCUCUGACCUCCUCGCAGCAGUCGAAGCUGUACGCCGAAUUAGAAGUCAUGAUCUGUACCACCGCGAACGAUUUCAUCUCGAAUCAAUACUACGACGGUCGAGUUUCUCGACAGUCAAUCUCGAAGGUCCACGACUUCUGGAGCUCGAAAAAUCGGCCACGAGUCACCGGGUUCCGUUUCGAUCAAGCGACUCAGCGAGACCUCAUCAUGGCAAACCGCCGAAGUCUCAGAUUUGCAGGUGAAAGCUCCACAAAUCCAAUCAUGCUCGAGUCCAAUCUCUCCAACUGGAAAAAAAUCGCACAAGAGAUGAAUGUUCGCACUUUCUGUUUGCCCGAUAGCGCGAUUCGCAAGCAUCUUCACGACACGCGUAACCUUUUGGACAUGCUUGAUGCUUCGCUCGAUACGCUCCAGCAAUUCCGCGGUGUGAGCCUUCAGGCUCAGGAUGAAAUGAUGGACGAAUACAUCAAGCGCCGCCCGCGGACUACCAGUGGCUACAGUGCUCUACCAAUGGGAUAG